CAAGCCCUUACUUUGUCGUCUCCAUUUCUGUUCUUACUCUGUCCACGAAUUCACCAAAACUUUAUUUAUUUAGGUGAACCGGAAAUCGAAUGCGGCCCAACAUCAAUCACUGUAAAUUUCAAUACUCGCAAUGCGUUCGAGGGGCACGUUUACGUGAAGGGUUUGUAUGACCAGGAAGGCUGCCGCAACGAUGAGGGUGGUCGACAGGUUGCUGGUAUUUCGCUGCCGUUUGACUCUUGCAACGUUGCUCGUACACGAUCACUAAAUCCACGAGGUAUUUUUGUGACCACGACCGUUGUCAUUUCGUUCCAUCCAUUAUUCAUCACAAAAGUUGACCGUGCUUACCGCGUCCAGUGCUUUUACAUGGAAGCUGAUAAAACGGUCAGCACUCAAAUCGAGGUAUCCGAAAUCACAACCGCCUUCCAGACCCAAAUUGUACCAAUGCCUGUCUGCCGCUAUGAGAUCCUGGAUGGUGGACCAACCGGACAGCCAAUCCAAUUUGCAACAAUUGGACAACAGGUAUACCACAAGUGGACUUGCGAUUCAGAAACUGUUGAUACGUUCUGCGCAGUUGUACACUCCUGCUUUGUGGACGAUGGCAACGGUGAUACGGUUGAGAUUCUGAACGCUGAUGGAUGCGCCCUCGACAAAUACUUGUUGAAUAACUUGGAAUACCCAACUGGUAAGCGCUGA